CUAGGCGGUUGAUGAGAGAAGGAGAAGGAGGAGAAGGAGGAGAAGAAGGAGAAGGAGGAGCAGCGGCGGAUGAGAGGAGAGGAGAACAAGAAUAAAUGUCACUGUUGUUGGAAUACCAGACAAUCUGUCAGAUUUCAUUUUGAUUUAACAUUGAUAAAGAUUUAGCGUUGGUUCCCAGCGGGCUGAACGAUGUUGAGUCAACGGCUGAGCGUCAACCAGGUGAUUUAAGGUGCAGGCUGUGAAGUUUGCCGCCUUGGCUACUUUGACUAUCUGGGGUAAUGGCCCCGGCCCUCAGCAAACUCCUGAAAGAUGGCCAUGGGAUCCACCUGUCGUCGCCUCCUGCCGCUGUCAGAAUGGACUCAGAUGGUAGAGCCAUGCGUAGCGCUGAGCUGGACUCUCAGAUGAGGUCUACGGAUGAUGGAGACCUCCAGAAAUUGUGGCUGAACCUUUCUCUGUUUCCCUCCCUGGACUCCUUUCUCCCUGCCGACCCUCUGCUCUCCCCACAUCUGCAGACGUCUGCCGGCCAGCGUGAGACGGUGCUCCUCCCCGGCACCGCUUCCCUCCUCAGCCUCCUUUCCUUCAACAAAGGAGUGCGAAAUUCCCAGCAGGUGGCUUGCGUCUUCCCAGGUGUACCAGACAUGUUUUUAGUCCCCGCCCCUGAGCACAAUAGCCAAGAGGCUUGCCUGCUGCACGGGCGCGGUAGGGCUCCUGAAUGUGGGCCAGAUGGUGGUGAUGGGCAUCCCUCCCCUCUUAUCCUCACCAGUGUUCCUCCUUCAUAUACUCAUGGGGAGAUCAACUCCCAGGGGUUCACUCCCUUCUUUGCACCCCCACCUACACUGACACAGGGGAAAGUGGCUGCAAUGGGCUGGCAUCCUCCAUCUUCGGUGCGGCCUUGCACUGGCAGGGUGAACUCUGACCAUCUGGCCUCCAGGACUGAGCUGGAUGCGGCUGUGAAGGAGCAGCUCUCCAGGCAGGCAGGGCUGCACGGCCGAGCUCAGGGACUUCAGAGGAGACUGCAAGCCCUGCUGGGAGAGCACGCUUUGCUACACUGCAACCAGCAGCUGGAGGGGCUGAAAAGGCACCGUCAACUAGGCGGCGUGUCUCUGGACAGCCUGGACUCCAUGGGUUCUGGUACACUACCUCCGCGAGUUGGAAGUAAACCCCAUUGUUCUUGGCUGGAGUCGUCCACGGCCUCAUGUUCCUUCGCAGAGCUCACCGAGUUCAGCCGCUCCAGCCAGGCGGUACUGAGAGGCCUGCAGGAGGCUUUGGACUCCGAGGCCACGGCCAGCAGCAGCUCAGACGAGGAGCAGGAGGGAGAGAAUGUCUACGGCAAAACCAAGACUGCACCUGUCAGCAGCAGCAGCUGUGAGGGGCGCUGGCUGGAAGAGAGAGCGGAGCUGGGCAGCAGAUGGAGUUGGUUGCAGCUACGUCUGGACAAGCUGGAGGGGAGGACACAACAACUGGUGGAGCUCCACAAGCACAUCCGCUCUACCAAGGGUGGUGUGGUGCUGGCGGAGUCCCAGCCUCUGACAGACAGACAGAUUCAGCAGAGCUUGCUGAGAGAAAUGGCCGGGUUAUCGGAUGCUGACACUGAACCUUGCAGCCCCACACGCCUUCUGCACAACAUAGAGAGACAGAGUGCUCAGCUCAGCCAGAUUGUCAACAGUCUGAUGCCUCCUCUCAGCUUUUCACCGCUAUCUAAACAACCUCACAGCUGGAAAGGCAAGAGCGCCUUCGCAAGGGCUCAGAAAGGAGACAGUAUGUUUGAGUCAGGGAGCUCUAAGAGAAGGAGACUGGGGACCCGGAGGCUCUUCAAAGCUGAUGUGUCGUACGUGUGUGCCCGGACCCGACCUCUGGUCACCUACCACAAGCCUAAACUGUUCACCCUUAACUCCCGGUCCUCCAGCAGCCAACAGGACUCUGGAAAGCCCACGUCUUCCCUCUCCUCCUCUCUCUCGUCACCUUCCUGUUCAUGUUGUUCAUCUUGUGAUCCGGUAGUCCUGUGCUCUGAUCCAGACUGCAGCUCCAGCAGGGCCCUGUCCUCCAGGACCGACACCACACCACACCCUGUGCCGUCUCUUUCAUUUGACACUCCUCUGUCCCACCACUUAAAGAGGGUCCUGACCAGAGAACAAUGGUCCCAAAGGCCUCUGGUUAUCAAUGCCCAACCACCCAGUCAACCGCACUACAGCAGACGCAGCUCCACACCACUGCACAACAGUCGCACAUACAAGCAGCAUGCGAGGCAUCACAAAAGAAGAGUUAUGGGCCUGUCACCUAUCAGGGUGGCUGCCUCUGCUCAGAGUCAACACAGGAGAGCCAAUCAAAGGAAAAGGAAGAGAAGACACAUCCACAGGCUGACAGAAGAUGAGGAAGAAGCCUUGUACCAGUACUGUGACCCAGACAGUUCAGAUGAAGUGCUGGAGGAGAGCUACACACCGUUCCCACGCAAGCAGGCCUCACAGGGCUUUGUUCGCAAACGCCAGGGAGAGAGUGUGUACGACAUCAACAACAUUGUCAUCCCCAUGUCUCUGGCUAAAGUGGAAAAGCUGCAGUACAAAGACAUCCUGACACCCAGUUGGCGGGAGGUUGACACAUCAUCUGUGAUGAACAUCGAGGAAGAGAAGAAGGACAACAUUGAGGAGGAGCAGGUGGAGGAUCUCACUUACAAAGUUUUUGCACAGAGACACCUGGACUUAGAGCAGAGGGAGAAAUUACGCUGGCCAGCAUGGGGAAAAAGAAAAUGCUGCAGGCUUCCUAAAAGAUCUGGCAGCAGGCUGUCAGGCAGUGGGGGCGGGAUGUGCACAUCGGGAGAGGAGAGCUCUGUGGAGUCGAGUUGUGCUCGGCUGGAUACUGGUGAACAGCAAAGCUCAGAGGAGUGCCUGCCUCAGACCCCCUGGGAGCCACGAGUGUUUCCUUUGGCCGAAGAAGAGGAAGAGGCACUUCUCUCUGAUAACCUGGACAAAGUCCAAUUAGGAUGGUCAGAGUGUGGCUCUGCCUCCUCCACAUCAAAGAACUCCACCUCCUGGCUCUCCCUGUCUCCGUCCUGUGGUGCUACACUGCCCUCUAGUGGACAAAGCCAGAGCAGCACUCCCAAUGGCAGCUGAGACAUGGUGCCUUUUUUAAAAAAUAUCUCCUCAUGCCUGAGACCACGAGGAGAGAAUUUGCCGUGGGAACCUUAAAUGGGAUACUUAAUACAUUCCAGAACAGUGAUUUGAUGUUAUUUGCUUAAUACUUUAAAGCAAAAGCGUUUUGUAGGUGUACUUUGUGAGUAUUGUAGCAUAACUACUGUAGCUUCUGCUACACUUUCAGGUUUUAAUGUAUAAAAGGUACUGUAUGUAAAGAGAUGUGUACCAGCACAACCACACUGUAGCCUCAGGUUUGUAUACUGUUUAUAGUUGACACUUACUAUUUAUUUUCACAGUUGUCUUAAAAAGUCUGUAUAUGAAGACUUUAGCACAUACACAUAUUUAUGUAACUUUUACUUGAUUUAAAUGUGCUUUUUGACUUUAUGUUUUUUUUCUCUGUUGAUGCUGUCAUUUGGUAUAUAUUUCUUAUGAAAGUUAUUAGUAAAACA